AUGCGGGAAAUCGGUGCCAACUCGCCUGCUGGGUUCACUAGGCAUGUCCCAAAUUGGGGGGAAAGGGCAGAAAAGGGGAAAAGCACGCACAUCCGCGCACACCCGCGCACUAAUUCGAGGUUCAACUCUGGCGUUUUCGACAUCUGCAUCUUUCAGGCCUGCUCAAUAUGGGAUCGCUAUGACGCGGCCCAACCAUUCCAGACAAUCAAAAAGCCUUUUGCACAUCACACAUGCUGGACACAGACGAGCAUGUACUGGGCUGAGCAGCAGCAGGCGUAUGACAAAUGGAGAGUCCGAUCUUGGGUCCUGACGCUACCAGAAGGCGAAGUACACAUCUUAGAGACCAUUCAGGUCACAUACAGCAAGAGCGGAGGAAAUGAUACCUCCACAGAGAUCGCCAUCUCAGCGCAGCAGACACAUGCAUUGAGCUCAUUGUUCUCUGUCCUCACGAGAGCGACCGUGACGGAGUUCCUACAAAAUCUGCGGGCUUGGAUCCGAGGUCUGAGGAUCCAUGGACAUGAGGGACGAAAAGCGCACCGGAUGUUCUCUCAUCUCGUCUCAUCCACUAUUCACUGA